UAUUCCCCCUCUGUCUGAAACACCUUGUUUCAGCUCUCCUUCAGGCCCCUCCUCCUGAAUACCCAGUCUGCUCUGAUAGGUCAGCUUGUGCAUGCCUGAGCCAGCACUGCUCACAACAACAGAGCAGCUUUGCCAAAUUAAUUCUUACUUGCCAAACUAGUUGAGAUGCUUUAACUUAUGCAAAUACCUCUGCUGGUGCAGAUUUUGACCUUUUCAACUCUCAAGAAACAAUAUAAAACAAAGAAAAGAAAAAGAAAGAAAAAAGAAGCACAUUCGGCCUUCUUAAAUGUGGGUUACCUGGGUUUGAGUCAUGUCUUCUGCCCCUCCUGCCUCUGUUUUAGCUCAUGCAGCUACGACUUCAGGGAAAAGAAACCUUGAAAUAACUUUUAAGAACAAUUUGAUCUCUACAGCUGCAGCACAGUACGUCUGUCUGCUCCACUUUCAGAGGAGCUGCUGUGCAGUUGUUCAUGAAAGCUGUGUUGCUCCAUUUCCUUUGAAAGGCUAGUUAAGUCUGGAGAUAAUUUCCUGUCAGCAGCGAGCUGUAUUACAACCCUGCUGCUUCAGAGAGCCCUCUGCUUUGAUAACCGACUCUCUGAUCCCUGGCAUGCUCCUGUGUUGGAGACGCAAAGCAUGAGCGUGUGUGUGUCAGUUGUGUACACACAACCUCUUGAGUUUUUUGAGCGUGCGCCGUAUGUGUUUGUUUAACUGCUCACAACAGAUUCGGGUUACCAAAGCAACAGUGCGGGAGAGAGUUAGAGCCUGUUAAAGUUUAAUGUUUGUUUUUCUGCGAACGUCACUUGUCGACCCUCUCGGUUACUGCGGCCUCCGGCAGCUCGGGCCCUUUUAAACGACUCCCUCAAAUCCCGACUACAAAUCAUCACUGGGAUUAGCGGAGAUCAAAGAGGGCUAAACUGCUGUAACUGCAUCUGGGUAAUCUGUUUGACCUGAAGUUAAAGAUGAGACACCGGAGGGAUGUAUGUUGGCACUUCAGAUGAAAGUACUCUGCCUGUAACUGCUCCGGGGGUGCUGCACUGCAUCUGACCCUGCUGCAUCUGUGUGUGUGAGUGUGUAGAAAAUGCUUUCCAACACAGUGCGCACUUUCAAGGCAGUAUUGUGCAUGCACUCAAAACAGUGUCCUUCUGGCAGCCUCUGUGGCAACCGCAUGCCUGGCUGAAGAGUGAUAUUGCGUCUCCACACGGCGAUGAGCAGAAAGAGAAUGAAAGGAGAAAGGAGGGAGAGGGGAGGGGAUCUUGGUUUCAUAGUUUGCGGGGGGAGCUAGCAUUACAUGAGAGUGAACUGGAGUGAUGACAUUGUUCCUAAGUACCAGCUGAGUGCACCUAUACAUCCACCUCUCCCUGCGCAGGAAAGGGCUAUUCACCUGUCCGAGCCACCACAGACAAAAGGGACGAACAGGCUGAUAAGACAAAACCCCCCUCCAGUGGAGAGUCCGCUCAGCUGUUGACACUCUGAUGUGCAUUAUACCUCUCAGGUUUCCUGAUUGUUUUUCAGAGGAAAUUAGGGAUUGAUUCUGGAUCAUCCAGGGUUCUGGCUUUCACUGUAAACUGCCGGGGCGUGGGUGACGCCGGAGCCAGGGGAAACAAUUCUGAUCGUACACGAAGAAAUACCAGCGGGAUGGAUAUGGAUUAAGGAAUGAGGCGCUUCUCUGAUGUUCAUCAGAUGACUGAACGUCCAAGUAUGCAGCCCUUAGCUCUGACUGAAAGGGGGAAUUACCUGUAUACCUGAAGCUUCCAUCGCUUCUAUGAAGAGUCAAAUGGAGAAGAAAUACCCAGUAAUCGCAGGGAGAGAAAGAGGGCCAGGACCUGGGCGCUAUGGGCUUCCUCCCACCAUUGGAUUUGUGGGCCAUGAUUUCACCAAGAUAACAAGCCCUGCCUAUUCUUUCCAUGGCAGGAUGAGUGACAAUAUGUAUUGUGUUGACUCAAGUCCAGGGCCUAAGUAUCACAUUGAUGCAAAGGUCACUCGUUUUGGAAGGGAUGGCACCCCUGCAUAUUCAAUGCUGGGCCGCAUGAAAGCAGAGAAGGAGCUAUUCCAGACUCCAGGACCAGGUGCAUACAGCCCUGAGAAAGCCCCGCCAUGCAACCUCCAGCGCAGACCACCGUCCUACACAAUGAGCUCUCGUACCCACUACAGAGGCAUCGACGCAGUACCUGCUCCUAACAAGUAUUGUCUCCCUCCUCUCAUGGGCCCUCAAGUCCCAAACAAGCCGGCCAGUGCCAGCUACACAAUGUCAGGCAGUUACAGUACAGGGGGACCAUCUGUGGAUUUAGCAAAGACGCCAGGGCCAUGCAGAUACAACAGUACAGACCCGAGUGUCUAUCUACCCCGACAGCCUGCCUUUUCCAUGCUGGGACGCCACGACUUACCCAAAGAUGCCACCAAGAAACCCGGCCCUGGAACGUAUAAUCCAGAGAGAGUGACAGCUCACAAGGCUCGGGCACCAGCCUACUCCCUAGGCGUCAGACACUCAGAGUUUGUUACUCCACUGGUUGUUCAAGUUUCUGACUGAACACUGAAAAACAACAUUAUCUAGGAGAAAAACAAUCAUGAGCAGACAUGUGAAGAAGUACAUUUUAUUUUGUUCUUUCAUAAACAAAAAGGACUUGUUGAAUCAACCACGACUCACUUUCAAAAUGUAUAAUUUCUAGAAAUAAUAUUAUGUACACAACACAAAUAUAGUUUAAAGAACAACAAAUGUUCAAACACAGAGAGCUUUUUUGUGAAAAUCAUGGGUUUGAGAAAAAUAAAACCCUGCGCCUGUAUAACCACUUCGUAAAUAAAUCAAUUACAACAAAAUGGCAUCGAAGACAUUUAAAAAAGGCAUUAAAAUGUACAGUUGACAGGCAAAUGUUCACCCUCUUAUUGUCUGAAAGGUCAUCAGUCACAGUGGAAUCAAUUUGCCUCUCAUUACCUCUAAAAAUUGAGGGAGUUUGAAAAGACAAAAAAACAUAACUAAAGGUUUUC